ACUGCUGCACCUACAACUGUUGCACCUACAACGGCUGCAUCUACAACUGCCGCCCCAACAACUGCUGCACUGACCACUACAGCACCUACUACUGCACCUGCUACAACUGCUGCACCUACCUGCACCUACAACUACAGCACUAACAACAGCUGCACCUACAACUGCAGCACCUACAACAGCUGUGCCUACAACGGCUGCACAGACAACUGCAGCACCUACUACUGCAACUAUUACAACUGCCGCUCCAACAACUGCUGCACCUACAACUGCCACUCCAACAACUGCCGUGCCUACAACGGCUGCACAGACAACUGCAGCACCUACUACUCAACUGCUGCACCUACAACUGCCACACCUACAACUGCCACUCAAACAACUGCCACUCCAACAACUGCCGUACCUACAACAGCUGCACCUACAACUGCUGCACCUACAACUGCUGCUCCAACAACUACUGUGCUGACCACUGCAGCACCUACUACUGCAGCUCCUACAACUGUUGCAUCUACAACUGCUGCUCCUACAACAGCUGCACCGACAACUGCCGCUCCAACAACUACUGCACCUACAACUGCCGCUCGAACAACUGCUGCUCCAACAACUGUUGCAUCUACAACAGCUGCACCU